AUGGGCGACGGUGACCCCACUGCUACGAUGGUUCAAACCCUGCGGUGGCAAACGGGCCAUCCAGGCUCGGCCACGUGGUCUGGCACCGACGCCAGCACUUUACUUGCUCUUGGACAAAAGGCGUUCACCCGUCUCUCAAGCGAUGGUGACAACAUGUUUAGUCGUGAGGAAGCCAGUGGAGUUGCCGAGCUGCCCACAGAACAUGAGCCGAUCACGGACGCAGAGGGGCAGGACGGAACGCUGGCCACGGAGAUGCCGACGGACCGGCACAAUGAGGCCACUGUGCUUCCAACCGAGGUUGAUGGCCACCCUGUACAAAUGGAAGCCUCUGCACAGCCGGAAAAGUACAUUACAGCCAUUCAUAGUCCCAACUGGAUUGCAACUCGCGUCCUGCAAAUUCUUCUAUUCGCUGGCCUGGACCCUGGACUUUCUACAGUCUGGAAGCAGGAGCGCUGGCAAAGGAAGACUCAGAGCGCCAUUGGUCUGCUGACGGGAGAGACGGUUCUGAGAUGCCAACCCAGCCGGAAGUUGACGUCCCACAUGGAGGGAGAACAGGUCGCGAUGUUUCUCGAGAUCGGAACAGUGGGAGACUCGGAACAGGACCUCCAUCGUCAUCUUCGGGAACCUAUGCGAUCUGGCAGCGUGGAAGCUAGUGUUCGGACGCUUCAGACAGGAUCGACGUCAACGGAACCCACUGGCGAAUCGCAUCGUGGAGCUCCUUCCAGACAACGCGUGAUGACCACGGAUGACCUGCCAAUCUUCCAAAACACUGGCAACACUUGCUACCGGAGUCUUCUAGCCAUGGUACAGGAAUGGCAACAGACGGCAGAUGGCUUGCAAUUUCUGAUACACCCACCGAGGAUUCUUUUCCUUCAAGUCAUGCGUUUCUCCCUUCAGCAUGGCCGGGUCAGGAAGAACAAUGUUCGCCUCAAGAUCCCUGACAGUAUUUUAAUUCCUACUCUGGUGGAUGGACGGAAAUAUUGCAAUCCUAUCGUGUCGUAUCCGGCGUAUACUAUCUUGGCAGCAGUCCACAAUCAGGUCACUACAGAGCCUUCUUUCAUGAUAUCCGAGACGCGAACAUCGGUGACAGUCACAGAUACACUUCUGAAGAUGGGGUGA